AUGGAGCCCCAAGGAAGCAGACGAGGUACCCUUUACCCUCAGAGACAGGGCAGUGGAGCUACCCUUUUGCCCCACAGACAGGAAGGCAGGGCUGCUGCACCACCAUUACUUCCUGCAAAGGAUGAGACAGUUCGGAUAAGUGAAGACUUCUCUUACAGACCUUCCCUGACCAAGAAAAAGGCCAUACAUGACUUCCGGGUAAGGUGGCCAGAGCUAAUUCUCCUGGAACGGAAGAAAGAGGAGGAGCUCCCCCUACUUGGCCAAAGCUCAUCGGGCUUCCUCCCUGCUGCCAGCAGCCGCUCUUCAGUGGUCAGCACUGCCUACACAGACCUGGACAGCUCCCCUAGUGAGCUCCUGGAUUCCAAAGCACUGGCUGCUGACUCCCACGCCCCGCCUUCACAGGCGCCACACAUGAUCAUUCUCAACAACUAUCUGAAGCCAGAGUCGCUGACACGGCUGGAGAAGAGGGUGAAGAGGAAGACCCUGGCGGCCAUGACGGAGCUGGAACAGGACAUGGAAGAGGUUAAGAGACGACAGUCGGGGUUCAUAAGGGACAUCAAGGACAUGCAGAAGGAAAUGUUAUGUGAGAAAGCUGACAGUAAGCCAUUCCUUGAGUACCUGCAGCAGAAGAAGGAGGAGAAACAGAGGAAGUACGACUCCCUGUGGAAAGACUACAUCCAGCAGUGUGAGGAGAUCGAGGAAAGGAGGCGAGAGCUGGUCUCUACCUUCACCUCCCGCACGGCAGGCCUCCAGAAGCAGCUGGAGCAGGGCAGGAAGCUAGAGGCCAGCUUGAGGAAGAAGAUGAAGGCCCUGGAGCCCACGGCACAGGUAAAGGAGCACCAGGAACAAAUGAUCCAGGCCUUAGAGCUGGAGAAAGCCAGCAUAACAACUGACGUCUCCUUAAUGGACCAAGGGGCACACCUUCAGUUCCUGAAGGAAAGGGCCGCCUUGGAGAAGCAACUGGAGGAGCUGAACCUGCUGGAGUCUGGAGAGCAAAUCACCCGAAAGCUGAAGAAGAAGGCCAAGGCCUUGGAUGCUAUGGCCAAACAGGCUCAUGAGGGCUUCUGGGAGGGAAUUAAAGCUCAGAACACAGAGCUGCAAACACAGCUCCGGCAGCUGGAUCAGGAGUUCUGCAACCUGGAGGCCGGAAAGGAGAAGCUGGAACGGAGAAAGCAGCGGUGGAAAGAGCAGCAGUGGUACCUGGAGGCUCUGGCCCGGGGGAGGGAGCGCCUGCAGCAGCAGGAGCACUGCCGUCAGGAGCGGGAGCACCGCCGGCAGCAGCAGGAGAGCCACCACCCCAGACCACAGACAGCUCCUCUACCAGCACUGGGCCGUCUAUUAAGUGCCAGGCAGAAAACCAAUCCUAAGAAAUGGCCGCCACGUCCCAGGAAGCAGACUGGAGCUGAAGCUGGAGCACUACACAAAGAAUGA